GUUGUCUGGGGCAGUUAAUGUCUGUCAGACUGAGCUGCUCAAAGGCUCGAAGCAUUUAGCUGACAGAUGAGAAAAUUGCCCAAUUUGAGCUGCUGCAGACAAUGGCACAUACUGACAGUGAUGUAACCAAAGUAUUAUCCAGAGACAAAAGAAGCCAACGGCCUGACAAAAGCUCUCCUUUACCCUCUCAGCCUGUUUAAUGAGCUCUAAUUAGAGAGAUGAGUCCGAUCAAGCAACUGGUCCUCAUGUUGACCUUCUUCUAAACCAGAUGAAUCAACUGAGGGCUUCUGAGCUGUAGAAGAUGGCUGCAAAUCAAGCUAAAUAUAAUAGAUGAAAACUACGAACCAUCACCAAUUAUUAACCAUUUUACUACAUCGAGUGGAGGAGGAGGCUUUAAUGAUAAAAUUGUUAUAAUUACUUGGUUGCAUUUGUUUAUUUGACUAAUACAUCAGUGAUUAAAAAAUUGCACAAAAUUUCUGAAACCAAACUGACGGUGAUUUAUUCGAAAUUGACCAAAACUAAAAAUCAGCUGUCCAGUAUAUCGGAAUAUAUUCAGUGAAUAUAUUCUGGGUUAUCUAUUCCAGCAACAAAAUGGUUUUCCAAACUAUUUCAGUGAUCCCAGACCAGCAGCGCACCUUUACUUGGGAGUCUGGCGAAUGUUGGGUUGAAUCUUGUCGAGUGGAUGUAAAGCAGCGUGUCUUUGAGCCCAUCGGCGAGUCUCGGCGCUCGAGUCAUUUUUGGAUAUCAAAGUGGAGCAUGUGGCGACACAGCCAUGAUGCUUAAGAGGAGGAAGAUUUGAUAUCGGAGAUAAAUGAGGAUACUGGAAACCAGGCAGCAAGAUAACAGGAGCGCUGCCACUGAAAACAUUGAUAGUGGUUGGCGAGUGCAAGAAGUGUGGAUGAUGCCCAAAACGGUAAAAAUCAGCUUCUUGAUUGUAUAUUUGUGCGUGUAUUAUGAGGCUAUGGAUCUUUUCAGCUUGAAAAAGGCGUCGAUGACACAGAAUCUGAGAGCUUUGAAGUGAUUCCACAAAAUCUGUCAGAAGAAGCUUUCCUUCUAUGAACUUCUGCCAGAGAUUCUGGAGAGUGAAAGACAGAAAACUCAAUCAAAACUUUGAAACCACUUUUUCAAGUCUUUGAUAUCUGAAUCUGCAUUUCAUGAACCGUAUAUCUCAGCUGUACCUCAGAUUGAAUGAAGGAAUGAUUGGUCUUCUCCUUAAGAAGCUUAUGAAUCGUUCGAAGGCUGAGUUUCUGCUGCAAAGUUUCUGGACAAGCAUUAGAUCAGUUAUACAGUGACGCAGAUUAGAAAAAGCAUUAUAUUGCAAGCCAAUCAAGAACUUACCCUGCUUUCUCUGUUUGCGUCGCACUGAAGACACCAUUUGACCAAGAGUCUGGUACUUUUCAGCUAAAAGCUUUUUAGAGUUGUUCAGAUGUGGCUGAUGUGCUAGGUUCUGCUCUGCAAGCCAACAGUUGGAGGCCAUCAAGAUCUUUUUACACCUCUGAAGAUGCUGUAACUGCAGGCGAGACCCAUUUUACACUAUAAACGUAUUUAGACAUUUUGCAAGCUGUAAACAGAUGCUACCUGACAUUUUCUCAGAGCUAAAACUUUUCUGAGCAAUCUCGAUAUCAUUUUUAGUUUACCUAACAAUUUUGACAACCAGAAUUUCUGGGACUUCAUUUUUUGUCGCUCGUGACUAUGUAGUUAGGUGUUGUACAGUACCUUUGAAUCGUGUCUGAUUGUCUCUCGCAUCCUUUCCUCGUCUUCCAGGAGCUCCAGAAGUUGAGCGGUGUUCAGAUGUUUGAGAUAGUCCAAAUUUAGCAUUGAAUCCCCUUCAAGAGGCAUUGCAGCCCAUUUAGGAAAACACUGCCUCUCACCCAGGACUUGAUGCUGUGGGAACAUGCUGCAUUUGUACAUCUUGUAACAUGAUCACAAGCUCCAGAGAGGUUGGUUACUAGGGAUUUCAGAGCUUUCAUAGGAGCCAGCAUACCAGCAAAGAACUACACUUUCUCUUCCAACACCCUUGAUAAAUGUAGACAAAAACAUGAGUCAAAAUGGAUGAGGGUCUUCAGCACCUUGGACAGCUCGAGAAUAGUUAGAAUAACCUUAGAAAAACAUUAGUCUGUCUGUCAUGCCCGCUCUUAUGGAAAAAAAAAUAUGGUAAACCAAACUCUUCACCCUUUCAGGAACUGAAUGCUGCAAGAACAAUUUGUGUCCUCCUUAUUUAAUUUUCUGUAGCUUAGCAAAACAGUAUAGCAAUAAAUUAUCAACCCUGUUGCUGUGAUUUUCUAGAAUACAAUCUGUCUUUUAAAAUGAGAUCUUUUUUGAGAAGUAUCAGCAAUAUACUCUGUCUAAUAAUACCAUGAACACGGCCAAAUGAAUUAUAAAACUGUCAACAUGCCAUCUUCAACCCUGUUACAUCACAUAUUCAAAAAUAUAAUUUUUCAUUAAAUUAACAUACCAUUAAAAUAUAUCAUUUUAAAAUGGAAAGGACAUCUGAUACAUGACCCAUCUGAUUAUUUUCCCAAACAAAAUGGACAAUGCACCGAUUAUAAUAAGCUUGACGUUCUAUAAAAGUAUCUUUGUUUUGGAUUAAAUCCAAUUUUGCUCUCAAGUAGCACGUCCUAUAAGGUUAUGUAACAACUGAUCUUCUUUCCCUGCUGAUAAACUGACUCAAGAGCAUGUUACUUUAACUCUAAAGUGUUAUCCUGUUAUACUUUGACUUCAAAGUUCAAGAACUUAGCCACUUAGCCAUCAUUUCCUUUCCACCCUGCAACCGGACUCACUUAUGCUUUGUGUGUUCACAUCGUGGGUGCUUUACGGCACUUGCCCUCAGAAUGACGUAGUAUCACUCAUUGAUCACUGUCCAUGUCCUUUCACUGACUGCAGUCCGUCCAUGUAAACAGUCUUUUGGAACAGAUAUAGCCACGCUGGACUAAAUGUGACCAUGCUAGCUAAUCCUCUUUGCUUUGGUGAUCCCAAAGAGUCUGGAGUCCUCUGGGCUUCAGAGGCACAACAGUGUUUUCUGCCUGAUGAGGGGAAUACCAUGCAACACUAUGGCUGGCAAUUCAGUCUCUUUCUGCUGUAUUUUGAUGUUCCUCUGGAGCCUCUGAAGAACGCCGGGCUCUGCAGUGUUCACUGAGAGGAGUACUUUGUUCUAAGCAGCUCAGACUGAAGCAGGACAGUCAUGAGUGCUGACACCGCCAACAGGGUGGAUCUAGACCCUGAUUACCAUUCUGAACUGGCGGACAUGGUAGCAGCUAUGAACAUGGCUGCCAACAGACUGACCCCUCCUAAUGGAUACAGGACCACCCCACAUCGCCUCAAUCUUUCCGAUCGCAAGCUGUCACUGCAGGAGCGAUCCAGUUACCAGAAUGGCCAUACCCCACGGAUAGCCAGAAGACCCACUAUUGAAUCCAAGCGGGUGUCUAUCUCUGAUGGGGAAGACUGUGUCCAGCUAAACCAGUACAAGUUAAAGAGUGAGAUAGGAAAGGGUUCAUAUGGGGUGGUCAAAUUAGCAUAUAAUGCAGAUGAUGACCAGUAUUAUGCUAUGAAGUUGGUAUCCAAAAAGAAGUUAAUGAAGCAGUGUGGAUUCCCACGGCGACCUCCUUCCAGAGAAUCCAAUGGAUCACAAGAGAAUCUUUUAAAGCAUUCUGGCCUGUUGGACCGAGUUUAUCAGGAAAUCGCUAUUUUGAAGAAACUUGACCAUCUUAAUGUUGUUAAUUUAGUUGAGGUUCUUGAUGAUCCGGCUGAGGAUAACUUGCACAUGGUCUUUGAGUGGGUGCGUAAAGGUCCAGUGAUGGAGAUCCCUACGGACAGUCCUCUGUCAGAAGAAAUGGCCCGUUUCUACUUCAGAGAUGUCAUCCUAGGAAUCGAAUACUUGCACUAUCAGAAAAUCGUACAUAGAGACAUCAAACCCUCGAAUCUGCUGCUGGGGGACGACGGACACAUCAAGAUCGCAGAUUUUGGUGUGAGUAAUGAGUUUGAGGGGAAUGAUGCUCUCCUAUCAAACAGCGCAGGAACACCAGCUUUCAUGGCGCCUGAAACUCUGACUGACCUGGACCUGAGAUUCAGCGGAAGGGCUGUGGACAUAUGGGCAAUGGGAGUGACGCUGUUUUGUUUUGUCUUUGGAAGGUGUCCUUUUCAUGAUGAAUAUAUCUUAGGCCUGCAUGAAAAGAUCAGGGCUGCGCCAGUGGAGUUCCCAGACAUGCCUGUGAUCAGUGAUGGGUUGAAGGAUCUCAUCAUCAGAAUGCUGGACAAAGUUCCUGAAACUAGAAUCAUGUUACCAGAAAUCAAGCUGCACCCGUGGGUCACACUUGAUGGCACGGAUCUUCUGCCUCUGGAGGAGGAGCACUGCACCGUGGUGGAGGUCACUGAGGAGGAGGUGCAGAACUCUGUCAAACUAGUUCCCAGCCUUUCUGCUGUGAUCCUGGUGAAGUCCAUGUUGCGAAAGCGCUCCUUCAGUAACCCGUUCGAGUCUCCCAGCCGCAGGCAAGGCAGGUCCAUGUCUGCCCCUGGAGGUCUGACUGUGGAUAUGUCGCUGUUUCGCCCUCUAAGCAGAGGGAGUAACAGUAACGGAAGCAGAGAGGGGGAGCUGGAAAACCUUAUCGAGGAUGAAACUUCUCCUUAAAUUUGAAAAUAUAAUUUUGUGGGAUUGGACAUUUUUUCCCAUCUGAGUAUUUUGAGCAUGAUGUAACAUGAUGUAUAACAUUUUAAAUUCUGUAUACUGUACACACUGCAUGAUGAAAGGUUAGAUUUGGAGGUACCUUUAAAAUAUAAUGCAGAAUCUGGUAAUACUUUAUAUCAGUGGUUCCCAACACUGGUCCUUGAGGCACCCCAACACUGUACAUUUUGCAUGUCUCCUUUCUCUGAUGCAUCAAUUACAAGUUUUGAAGUCUGUACUACUGAGCAGAAGACCUGAAUAAAGUUUGUUUUAUUAAGGAGACAUGCAAAACUGUUGGGGUGCCUCAAGGGCCAGGGUUGGGAACCACUGCUUUAUAUUAGAGUAAUAUUUGUGUUUCAUUGCAUUUACGUGCCAAAAGUAAAAACGAAAGAAAUUUAGAUAUAAAUGCAUGUUUAAAAAGAGUGCAUCGGUGCAUUUAACAGAUAAGCAUGUGAUAAUUUUGAUGAGCUGUAUUAGAAGUCCGUUAUCUAUAAGUCUGUAUGCUGUUUCAUCGUCCUUUUGAGGUUUUAAAAUUGUAUCGUGCAUUUCAUCUGUGGACACACACACACAUAUAUAAAAUGCUAAAUAAAAAUAAUUUAUGUGAC